AUGUCGAGUAUCUUUUUACACGGAUUUUUAGUUUUUCCGGCUGAAGAAAUAUACUCUGAUGAUCGGAUGUCCAUCCACAACUGCAGAAUUAGUUUGAUUAUUAGCCUUGGAAUUACGGGAGUUAUUCCAAAAUAUGUAAUUGCAUUUAGGGGAACCACUAUCAAGAAACAUUAUGUCUCACAGGAUCUGUGGUUAGACCUCAAUAUUAUUAAACAUGUACUUCAUCAAUCAUCUCGCUUUGGAAUCGCAAUGCAAGCUGUUCAAAGGAUGGCAUCUGUAGCUGGAGCUAGCAAUGUCUGGUUAGCAGGACAUUUUUUAGGCUCUUCUAUCGCAAUGCUUGUAGGGAAAAACAUGGCAAAGAUGGGUAACUAUCUGGAUACAUAUCUCUUUAAUUCACCUUUCAUUGCGGCUCCAACAGAAAAGAUUCAACAAGAGAAAGUGAAGCAUGGGGUUCGAUUUGCAAGCAGCCUUGUCAAAGUAGGAAUCACAGUUGCCAUGAAGGGUACCAAAGAAAAUAGAAACCCUGAUAAUCUGUUUACUGCGUUAGCUGCUUGGGUACCAAAACUAUUUGUGAAUCCAGCUGAUCUUAUUUUUGCAACAAUUUGCUCAGAGUAUAUUGGGUAUUUCGAACACCGUGACAGGAUGGAAUAUUUAGUAGUUUCUGGAAUUGAGAGGUUGGCUACGCAAACAUCAGUGACAGGAUUACUAAAGAGUGCAAUUGGAAUGACAGGAUUACUAAAGAGCUAA